AGGGGAGGCAAUUUUAAGGAGGAGCGUGAACAGUGUGGAGCUCUGAGGCGCAUAUCAGGUUCUGUGCACUGACACUAAGCUGCCUGACACGCCUCCCAUAGCUUAUUACCACAGCUCACACACAUUAUCUGAUCCCAGCAGCCAGGAAGAUUCAACCCCACAAGGCGACCUACCUGUCCAAGCUGUCCCCCAGUCUGGCCCCCCGGGGUAUGAACUGCCCAGGGGCCUUGGUAAAGAAAAAGUCGGUGAGGAUCGUGAAAAGGUAGAUCAGAGUGCAGCAGGGGAAGAGUCACCACUAUCUAGCAGUGUGUGUGUAUAUAUUAUCACUUCGAUAUAUAUAUAUCACUAAGCAAGCUCCCCCCCUAGUCACCUGGAGCAGUCCCCCUGUGUGAGGGGAAGAAUGAUAGCCUGAGCCAGCCCAAUGCUACGGAGAGGGGGGCUCAUGAUGUGUGGCAGAGGGGUGCUGUGUCCUUGGGGGCCACCCAUGCUUGACUGGGAGCAGGAAGGAAAGACGAGUUGCAGAACCCGCUGGCAGAGAAGGGGGGCGGGCAGGGACCACAGAUGGAAACAUGGGCACCCACCCUACACCCGCCCCAGAGCUCGUAGUCUGAGACCAGUGAAUAUGAUGGGCAACAGGGCCCCGGGGAUGAGGGCUCCCCGCAACACCAACCAGUUCCUGAUGAGUGAGAAGUACCAGAUGCUUAAGCUUCGCUCUGAUUCAGUGGGUACAGAGUGCAGUGGAGGAUCAGACAGUGAAAUGGACCCUUUAGACAUGGACUCAUACAUGGGCGUGCUGGAAAAUGCCCAUGGGGCUCUUUUGGAGCACCCCGAAACAGGUGUAAUUGGGAUCUUUUGUUCUCCAUCUUCCUCCCCAUCCAAUUCCUGCUGGAGCCCUUUCCGAAAAGAUGGGGAGACUAGGGCUCCGCGAAGGUGUGACAAGCUGGCUCCUCCCACCCGUUCCCCAUGCCCUUUCCGCGGAGUGGGACCCCUGCUGGAGCUGCGGGGGGAGUGCAGCGAGCAGUAUUAUCCCUCUGAGGAUGAUGUCAUUGAGAGCGAGAACUUUAUGGAAAGGGAUUUUCAGGAAUUCUGCAGUAGGAUUGCUUGACUGUAUUUGUCUUGACCUUAUCCCUGACCUAGAGGGCCAACUGCAAAGUGUUAUGUAAUCUCAUUAUCUGGAAGCAAAACAGCCGCUACAUAUUUUGUAGUGAUCAGCAGUGCAGCUACUAAACCUGGAUUCCUCUGUUGUAGUUGAAUUGCAGCUGCAGCAUCCCCCACUUUUGGAGGAUUGUGGCAGUUGUAGUUCAGCAAUAGCUGACAAGCCUCAGGUUGUUGAUCCUUGCACCAGACUUUAAAUGUAAGCUGUCUUUUCUCUUAAAGAGUGAGGGUGACCGAGGGAAAAAAUGCAGACCAAAGUACCUUUGUCGUGGCAGACAAAAGGAACCUAUCUUAUUUUCAGAAACCUUCAGUAUAUGUUUAGCAGUCGGUGGCCUUCCUGGUGUUCUAGAACUGUAACUCCCAACAUCCCGCCAACAGCUGUUAGGGUUGCUGGGAGUUUAUCGAUCUACAACAUCUGGAGCAUUGCCAAUUUUGCAUCCUUGAUUUAAACAUUAUCACUAGUAGCAGAUAGACAUCAUAUGUGUAUAGGGGUCUAGGAGUCCAUUUUGGAGUGGGGGGGUGGUAUCUGUAAUUUUUAUUUCUGUAUAUAAAAUCUUUUCUUUGUCUGCCUGCCCAGAAUAAGUCUAUUGCCUUGCUUUUUAAACCUAACUGUACAAUGUGGAUUUUUUUUUUUUACGUCUAAAUAUCUUGUUUGUGUAUGAGAACUAUCUGACCGAUAGGAAUGUAAAACUACUACGGGGGGGGGGCUGUAAUAAUUGCCGAAGCAGAUCUUUUUUUAUUGUCACGUUUUCUGGGUUUGUUACGGUCCUUUUCCACGAAUUUCUGUAAAUAAAUUUGUAUAUUAUAUUAUUAA